UGACUCCAUGCAGUUGUCCUCCUCUUGGGCUCCUUUCAAGGCUCCAUUGCUCAGAAAGACGACGUUCUGUUCGUUGUUUGAAGGCACGUUUUCUGCGGACUCUCAUAUUUAUUUUGUAUGAUUUGGAUUGAGGAUUGCUGUUCUUGAAAUAUAUUCUUUUAAUUCACGAUGUAUUCUAUGUGGAUACGUGCCGUCAUCGGCCGAUGGCGCGCACUUUUUGUCAUUCUUUGUCUCUGUGAGCUGCGCUCCGCGAGUGGACAGGCUCGCUAUUCCAUACCGGAGGAGCAGGCGGAAGGCUCUUUUGUUGGAAAUAUUGCGAGAGAUUUGGGCUUGGACUUGGGCAGACUCGUGACAGGUAAAGCUCGAAUAAUUACCAAAGGAGGCCGACAGUAUGUUGAUUUAAAGCGAGACAAAGGCACGCUUGUGGUUAAAGAGCGCAUCGACCGAGAAGAGCUUUGUGGAAAGACGACGCCCUGUAGCUUCAGUUUUGACAUCAUUUUGGAAAACCCAAUUCAGCUUUAUCCAGUCCGCAUUCUGAUCCAGGACCAGAACGACAAUGCCCCUCAGGUCCUGUACCCGGUGCAGACGGGCGGCUCGCUGCUGGCCGAAAUGGUGCCUCGUUUGGCCGAUGUGGGCUAUCUGGUGACGAAAGUGGUGGCCGUAGAUGUGGACUCUGGCCAGAAUGCCUGGCUCUCCUACAAAGUGCACAAAGCCACCGACAGGGCGCUGUUUGAAGUGGGCCUCCACAAUGGAGAAAUCCGAACUGUCCGCCAAGUGAAUGAUAAAGAUGCUGUUAAACAAAGACUGACUGUUGUCGUGGAGGACAACGGGCGGCCCUCUCGUUCAGCUACGGUCAUUGUGAACGUGGCGGUGUCCGACAGCUUCCCGCAAGUGCUGUCAGAGUUCACUGAGUUGAGCAUGCACGACAAGGAGUACAAUGACCAGCUGACUUUUUACUUAGUGUUGGCGCUGGCGGUGGUCUCCUUCCUCUUUAUCACCUGCUUGCUGCUUAUCAUAUCGGUCAAAGUGUACAGAUGGAGACAGUCUCGCGUCCUCUACCACUCCAACCUGCCUGUCAUUCCGUAUUGUCCUCCUCGUUACUCGGAUACUUUGGGAACCCUCCCGCAUGUGUACAAUUACGAGGUGUGCAGGACCACCGACUCCAGAAAAAGUGACAUGAAGAAUAUACAAGCCAUGAGUCAAAGUUUAAUGAAUGUGGAUGGAGUUGAUGCCGAUAUGCCACAGGACAACAAACAGAUAUCAGAGCUUUUUUCACAGACGUCAACCUUGGUGAGUCAGAUGUUUUACCAUUUUCUUGCUGAUUUUUCUGAGAUUUGUUCACAACUUCCUGCACAUGAAUGGAACAAGGAAUUGUCAACAGAUUUCACCCCUGUGUCCUUGACAGUUUUUGCAUGGUGUUGAAUUCACAGCCCACAUAAUGAAAUUCAAACCACAACAAAAACCUAAAUAUUGCAAAAUACUGGUUUUUUAACUGAAAGAAUGCAAAACUAAUCUGCAAUGUACGGAGUCCCUCAGGGGACAUGGAAG